AUGACAGCUGCAUCUUCUACCAUAAAUGGUGUUCUUCAAUCAAAUCCCUCAGCUAGUCAAGGAUUAAUACUUAAUCAAAUGCUAAGUCAAUUACCGCAAGUUCAUACAAUCAACAUUAAUGGUCAACAAGCUUUAUUUAUUCCUACUCCAAAUGCUACUCAACUAACUCAAUUCAUCGGUUUACAACAAGCUGUGGCGGCCGCAGCUGCCUCGGUUAACUCAGCAACAAAUUCUUUAAAUAUUCCACGAACAGUCACUCUUCCAUCUCAAUUAAUACCCACAGCAGGAACUACGACUACCACUCCAUCAGCCUCGAUUCAAAUCCCGUUGAAUACUCGAACAUUUUCGAGUCAGACAUCGACUAAUCCCUUCAUUCAAUUGAACACUACAUCAGGAAAUAUCGAGAAUCGCACUGUUCAAUUAAAUGCUCAUUCACAAACGCCCACACUUCAACUUCAUUGUCAACCGUCAACAAAUGGAUCACUUUCCUUUUCAUUUACAAAUAAUGCACCUGUUCAACAACAACAACAACAACAACUAUCACCUAAUGUCAACGUAAUUGUACUGAAUGGUACAAAUGCGAUUACUCAACCAGUUACUGCUGCCACAAAUUUAUUCAAUUCUGAAAUACAAGAUUUUCAGCAAAUGACAACAGCCGCUCAAUUACAAUUUCCUGUUAAUCAAUUAGCCACUCAACUAUUACAAGCAUUACUUGGAGGAGGUGGGAAUACGCAAAUAAAUUCUCCACAACAACAGCAAACAACUACCAAUACAUUGCUUUCUUCUGCACCAUCUAUGAUUCCACAACAGCAAACGAUAUGUGAAAACACAAAUUAUGAUACAAAAAAUAAAUGUGAAGAGGAUGAAUCAGUAAUCAAUACAAAAAGUAUUAAUAAACUACUUCUUGGAGCAGCUAAAAAAUGGCUUACUCUUGGUGCUAAUAACAUCAACAACAAUCAACGAGAUUUAACAACAUUUAAUGAAACCACCGAUCGAGUACUAAAACGUUCAAGAAAAUCGUGUGAAUGUCCAAAUUGUAUAUUUUUUAAAAGUAAUGUACAUAAUACAAUUCCAAUAACAACUAGCCUAAGACGAACACAUCGUUGUCAUUAUCCUGAUUGUGGAAAAGAAUAUUUAAAAACAUCGCAUUUACGAGCACAUUUAAGAUCUCAUAUUGGCGAACGACCUUAUGUUUGUAAUUGGAAUUUAUGUGGUAAAAGUUUUACAAGAAGUGAUGAGUUACUUCGACAUAAACGAACGCAUGCUGGUGAAAAAAAUUUCGAGUGUAUUCAGUGCCACAAGCGUUUUUUACGAAGUGAUCAUCUACGAAAACAUUCAAAAAUUCAUGGUGGUGAUCUGUCUAAUUUAUCAACAAACAUAAAAAAUCAAAAGCAACAAAAUCAAAAUAUAAUUUACAGUAACAAUAUUUUAUCAUCACCACCAAUAAAAGUUGAAAAUUUUGAUUUAUUACUAGAUUUUCCAGAAGAUAAAACAACAACGACAUUGACAGAUCAAACAUCAUUUGAGUAUUGUCCAAAUAAUAUCAUGAGUGGAAAUAUUCUAUGUUCAAAUUUUAAUCAAUCCGAUUAUUAUCAAUAA